AUGUCGACUGACGUUGCCUGCGCCGUCUCCGCCGGACCUGGCAGCGGACCUGCCGCCGUUUCCGCCUCCGCCUCGGCCGUCGCCGCGCACGACGAUGCUGAUCUGUCAAAGGAUCAGAUCGAGUGCGCCAAGCAGCCCCCGCCCUCGUUUCUGCACUCGCCGCCUGAUAGCAACAAUGCGAUCAAGUCGGAUGCGAGCGACUCGGAGCUAAGUGACCUCGACGACGAACCCAUUCUGGACGACCCCCCUGUCGUCCCGCCCGAACUUGAAUACCGCCCGGAGUCGCAGACACAAGACGCGCAGGAUGCGCAACAGAAGGAGCAGGUCGAGGAGGAGGACAUUGGCGAGGUGUUGCCGGACCACUGGUCCGGGGCGGUGCCCGUCUUUCGCCCGACCAUGGACCAAUUCAAAGACUUUCAACGUUUUAUGAAAAAGGUGGAUAGCUACGGAAUGAAGUCCGGUAUUAUUAAAAUCAUCCCCCCACAAGAGUGGAAAGAUACUCAGCCUCCUCUUGACGACCUCGUCAAGCACGUCCGAGUGCGCGAGCCCAUCAAACAGGAUAUCAUGGGCUCAAACGGCACAUACCGGCAGGUCAACAUCUUGCACGGCCGCUCUUACAAUGUACCGCAGUGGCGGCAGCUGUGCGAGCAGAGCGAGCACCAGCCGCCCGCGAGACGCGGUGAGCGCCGAGCCAAUGCCGACAAGCCUAGGCCUGCUCGACGUCCCACCGCCCCAAAGUCGGCAACCGAACCAUCUACUCCCAAGAAGCGUGGAAGGGGGAGGCCGACCCGGGGCAAGGGUAAAAUGGCCCCGGCAGAUGAAGAAGAGGAGCGGCCUAUGACACCUGUGUCGCCAAAGGCCGAGCCGCAAAUUGGUGAGGACAUGCCCGUCGCUUCCAUCGAAGGGGACCCUGCAGAGGAUGUCGGGGACAACGACGACAUGAAACGCCCCGUGGGCCGAAUGGGCGGUUCGAGACAGGCCAAAGCAAAGACCCAGUCUGUCUCUGCCCGUCGCAAAUAUAGCCGCCGCGAAGGCUCGGCAAUGAUUGACGAGGCCGCUUUCAAAGACUUCGAUUAUCGGAUGGACAUAUCCGACUAUACGCCCGAGCGGUGUGAGGAACUCGAGAGGGCGUACUGGAAGACUCUGACAUACGCUGCUCCGCUCUAUGGCGCCGACAUGAUGGGCACGCUUUUCGACGACAGGACCGAGAUCUGGAACCUCAACAAGCUCCCCAACCUACUAGAUGUUCUAGGCACAAAGGUCCCCGGAGUGAACACGGCAUAUCUUUAUCUGGGCAUGUGGAAGGCCACUUUUGCCUGGCAUCUUGAGGACGUGGACCUCUACAGCAUCAACUACCUACACUUCGGCGCUCCGAAGCAGUGGUACAGCAUCUCACAAGCUGACGCUCGCAGGUUCGAAGCAGCGAUGAAGAACGUCUGGCCCGCAGAUGCCAAGGCUUGCGAUCAGUUCCUUCGACACAAAGGCUUCCUGAUAUCCCCGCACCACUUGCUGACACACUACGGCAUCAAGGUCAACAGGGUGGUGUCAUAUCCCGGAGAGUUCGUCGUCACGUAUCCCUACGGUUACCAUUCCGGCUACAAUCUCGGGUACAACUGUGCCGAAGCUGUCAAUUUCGCCCUCGACUCUUGGUUGCCAAUGGGCAAGAUUGCAAAGAAGUGCGAGUGUGCCCAAGCCCAAGAUAGCGUGUGGAUCAAUGUUUAUGAGAUUGAGCGCAAGCUUCGCGGCGAGGAGACCGAGUACGAAGAAACAGAAGACGAAGAUGACGAUGACGACGAGGACAUGUCCGGCCUUCCUACUCCACCUGCUAGCCACGGAAUGAAAUUCAAGGACGGUAGCCGCAAGAGGAAGCGUGGACCAGGAGGUAAGGAUAAAAUCAAGGUCAAGAAGGUGAAGCUCCGUAUCAAGACAAGGGUCGAGCCUCCGUGCUGCCUGUGUCCCCACGACAUUUCCGAAUUGGAACUGUUGCCCACCGAGGACGGCAAAAAGGCCCACCGCCUCUGCGCCCUCUACAUGCCCGAGACUUAUAUCGAUAGCGUCGACGGUAACGAGGUGGUUUGCAACGUCAGCGGUAUUCACAAAGACCGCCUGGAUCUCAGGUGUCUCCUCUGCCGGUCAAAACGAGGCGCCUGCUUUCAGUGCUCGCACAGCAAAUGUGCCCGGGCCUAUCACGCUACGUGUGCCGCCGCCGCGGGUUGCUUCGUGGAGGAUCAAGACGUACCUGUCUUUGGCGAGGAUGGCACCGAGUUCAAGGAGCAGGCCUUCGACUUUAGCUGCAGGUUCCACCGAACUCGGCGCGAUAAAAAGCACGACGCCGAUGUGCUGGAAGCAGACAGUCGCAUUCGUUCCGCGGCAGAGUCACUGCGGAGAGGCGAGAUUCGACAGUUCCAGUAUCUCAAAGGCGAGAUAUUUGCGGGCAUCGUGGUUGAAAAUCGCGAAGAGGACGAGACGGUCCUCAUCAACGUCCUUCCUACCAGUGAUACCAUUGAGGUUCAGUGGAAGUGGCUGCUGCUGCCCGAUCCGGCGGACUCUCGGCUUCCGAAGGCAUCCGCCAAGGCGAUCCCCCUGCCUGCAUCACGCAAAGCCAAAGACAAGCUCAACACCAAGAGACUGCAAGAGGACAAGCCAAGGAAAGAUGACCCAUUCGCCGAGGGUUACACUUGGGCCGAGUUUUUGGCCGAGCCCGUCACGAACGCGAACCAAGCAAAGGUGGACUUCUCUAAGCCUGACCAGAUUUGGUACUAUCUGGGGAAGACGUCUACCGACGCGAAGGCGCAAUACACCGAAGACACGAGCAAGUCGCGACACAACCCCAAGGGCAACUAUUUGGAUACCUUGCCUAAGCCUGCCAAGCCCCCCAAACCUGCAGCGGCUGUCAAACCCGUAGCUUAUGGCCAGCGACAUGGUGCAACCGGCGGCUUCACCUACGCGCCCUAUGCCACGAGCGCGCAAGCGGUUGGCAUCCGAUUCGAUAAGCCUUACGUGUACAAGCCCAAGGGACCGAUCAACUCACAGCAGCAGAUGCACACAACUCAAUAUUUCGCUCCAGCGCAAACGUCGCAUACCCUUUCUCCAUCAACUUACUCAAAUCAGAAUCACUACGCAGCCGGGCAGGGUUAUCAGAACAGUGGGAUGUAUUCCGUCCAGAGGUUUGAGCCUGUGAGCAGCGGCACCUCACAAACUGCCUCAGCUGCUCCUCAGAACCACCAUCAAGCUGGAGUGCCAAACGCUCCGAGAACGGUGGCAGCGCCAGCACAAACCUGGCAGCAGCCCUCGCCUGUCACAUAUCAGAAGCCUUCAUCGGUCCAUCAGAGCCGGCCGAACUGGCAGGUUCACUCAUCAGUGUACCAGAAAUACCCGUUUUUCCAGGUCAACCACAACAGGGACGCUUUAAAGUACCGGACGCCCUACUCACCUUGGGGCGGAUUCACAAACGGGUACGAGGGCGACUUGCGGGCGCACCUCAUGUCACAACAAAGCAACAUGCUUCAGCGACCGUACGCAAACUCCAUGUCGCCGGGUCUGAGAGGAUCAUCUAUGGGGACGUUUGGAUCGCAUCACGUCCAACAGCUCGGAAGACCUGCUGAGCACUCGCCGCCUUCACAUACCCCACAGCCCAACCCGGUUGCACAUUCGCAAUCCCACAACAUGUUUGUGCCGCUACAGCCAAACAUGCAGCAACAGCCGAGCGCUACUCCUCCCAAUGGCGGCAUGCAAAAACAUGAGCAAAGGGCCCACCAGCCCUUACAGGCCCAAAAGCCGAAGCCAACCCCUGUUCCCAAGUCGUAUAAGAUUCCGGCGAAACAGUCUCCCGUGCCUCUACCUCCGCAUAUCCUCGCCGCCAUGGGCUCAACGCCAGGCACACCAACGCCUGCUCCGCCCUCAAGUACAUCGGCAACUCCAGCAAACGAACUUGACAGGGCAGUUGCACAAGCAUCCCCGGCUGCCCAAACGUCACUUUCGCCAACGCCCAUGUCGGGUGUCAAAGCGACCACACCGUUGAGGAUGUCUACAACGCCGGUGCCGAUUCCAAGACUGCCAGGAAUAUCGCAAGCUGCGACCGCGUCACCUGUUCCAAGCCCACAGGUUGAAAAUGCUUCAGUGCCAGAAAUAGGGGCAUCCUCCUUGGAUGCCCCGCCUCAGCAAGCCUUGACUAGUGCAAUCUCCGCCCCGUUGGAUACUCAAACGUCUCGUGUGGAUGAACAAAAAUGUCAAGAGUUUGCCGACGUGCCUGGACGCGGGUCUAUGGAAUUUGUAGAGAGGAUGAUGGAAAACUUAAAGAAGGCUUCACAGCGGGAUGGGGCCCAAGGGAAUAACGGAGAAAGAAUGGAAUGGGCAGCAUAG